AGUUUAGAACAAUAUGGCUAGGAGUAGAAUUUAGUAUUUAAGUUGCUGAUAUGCUAGAUAUGAAAAAAACAGAGUAUUGCAGAAACUCUAUUUCAUUGCAAUUAUUAUUUCUUUUUCGGAUGAUACAACUUCAUUUACAACUCACAUCUAUAUAUAGAUGUGUUAGGUGUUUAGGAUGAGUACAAGCUUCAAGAAUACUACAGAAGCUUGCUUCAUUUCUCUUUAAUUGACACUUGUCCAUGAGGUGUCCACUUACCUGCUUGUUCAAUUUUGCUACUACUGGAUUCUUCAUUGUUGACACCUAGAUUUCAAUUGCUUCUUUCUUUUACACAUAAGGAGCCACUUGUCAAUUAAAUAUUACAUUUUAACAUUAUAACCCAACAGACUCGCCAACACUAAUCUCACUUCCCCCUUUCCCUUUACAAAAACAUAGUAGCGCGCACAAAAAAAAUCAGCCCCAUGACUCCUCUCCUUCUCUUACUUUUUUUCUCAUCUCUCACUGUUGGGUCCGCCUCCACUUCCGCUGGUGAAAACUUAUACACCCCGAAAGCCAAUCUGAUUCGGUAUUGGAACAAAGAGGUCAAAAACAACCACGCCAAACCAACCUUUCUCCUAUCCAAAGCGUCCCCAUUGAGCGCGGUCGACGCAGAAAGAUUCUCCAAACUUGCAGCCCAGAAUGCUCUCUCCUCUCAGUUCCCAGCCAUUUGCCCCACCGCCAACCUUUUGUGUUUCCCCGAUUCAUCACCGAUUGUUCAAGAACUCAUAUCCCAUCCCAACGUUGACGCCUUCAAAAUAAUUUGGCGUCAGCAAGGUAUUUUCUUUCGGGAAUCGAUGUUAAAGAAAGGGAAGGUGAUGCCAAUGCCGGAUAUUAAGGACAAAAUGCCUGAAAGGUCGUUUUUGCCUCGGUCCAUUUCGUCAAAGAUACCAUUUUCGACCUCGAAGAUUUCUGAGUUGAAGAAGAUUUUUCACGCCGAAGAUAAUUCGACUAUGGAGACUAUGAUAGUGGAGGCGUUGAAUAAGUGCGAGAAGGCUCCGAGCCCAGGCGAGACCGAGCGGUGCGUGGGCUCAGCUGAGGAUAUGAUUGACUUUGCAAUCUCGAUCUUGGGUCGAAACAUUGCUGUUCGAUCAACUGAGAAUGUUAAAGGGUCAAAGCAGAAUAUAAUGAUCGGAUCAGUCAAAGGGAUCAACGGUGGCAAAGUCAUGCAAUUAGUUGCUUGUCAUCAAACCUUGUUCCCGUAUCUACUCUAUUCCUGCCAUUCGGUCCCAAAGGUUCGAGUCUACGAAGUGGAUAUACUGGAUCCGAAUUCGAAGGCUAAGAUCAAUCAUGGUGUUGCCAGCUGUCACAUGCACACGUCGAAUUCAAACCCGAAUCAUGCUGAAUUGACUAUAGCAUCAGGUCCCGGUCAGAUCAGGGCUUGCCACUGGGUUUUCGAGAAUCAUCUGAUCUGGACAGUUGCUAACUAGUCCUUACAGACCUUGGUGGGCAAGACAUCACCCUGAUUAAGAGAGCAGAUCACUAGAGCUUUGCAAGCUUUGAUCCAGCAUGUAUGAUGUAAAGCAAAUAAAUGUGCUAAUAGUUUAAUUAUGUGUGUUUUGAACAUGCCUUUCAUCUAUGUAUUUGGGUAGAGCUUUGCAGGCCUCAAUCCAACACAUAUAAUGUACAGCUGAUAAAUGUGUUGAUGGUUUAUGUGUAAUUUGUACUUGCCGUUCAUCUAUGUGUUUGUGUAUUUACGGAAAGUCUAAGGUCUAGCUACUCCUAGGCUAGUAUAAUUAUGUAUAAAACUUGUAAUAUAUGGACUUUGUCUAUAUUUACUAUUAUAAGCUAGAAAUGAUCCAGGUACAUAUUUUUUUUUA